AAUCCCAUCGGGCAGGGAUUUUCCUAGCGACAACGCGAACGAAUGAAUGAAUCUCUCUUGCGGGUAUAAAAUCAACUGCACAUUGUCAAAGGCCAUUUAGAAGCCAAGGCAACGUUGUCGCAAACAGUUCUCUCCGCCAUGAACACCUCCGUCUCGUCUCGUAACGCAACUCUUUUGCUCCGCAUCAGUUGCCUCAUCUGGUUGCUAGCCAUCGAUGUGAAUGCCGCUGUCAGUGCCAAUGCGCUGAGCGCCAACAGAUUGCUAAAGGAGCCCCUGCCGCUGGCACUUCAAGUGAGGAUUCGACAGUGUCGCCAGCGUUGCUAUCAACAGACUCUAGCGGAGCAAACGCCGCCAGCUUUGUGCCGAAGUCGCCCCGAUUGCUACAUGUGCCACGACUACUGCCGUGUCCUGGUCAUCGCUGAGUGGAGUCUGGCCGCCGCCAUGUGUGCCGAUCGUAACUUCUGCAGCCGUGGAUGCCGCACCGCCUGCCAAUUCCAUCGUCACUAUACGACGUCGAAGGGCGGUGAUUAGA